CCCAGCUCGACCACUCGAGCCACUCCUCCCGCUUGGCUUCACCCCCAAUCAGCCCGCACCCCUUCCCACCUCUCCCUCCUCCUCGCAUCUCAGCCCCACAUCCGGCUACCAUGGCGCCGAACCCAAAGGACGCCUCGAGCUUCAACGCCCGCUUCGUCACCGUCCCGUCCAGCCACCGCUACCACCUCAUCGACCAGCACCCAGACCAUUGGCGUGGACCCGUCGAGCAGGCGCCAACUAUCCUCAUGUGCCAUGGCUUCCCCGACCAGUGGUUCGGGUGGCGGUACCAGAUCGCCGCGUUCGCUGCUCGCGGCUUCCGCGUCAUCUGCCCGUCGCAGCUCGGCUACUGCGGCACGUCGCAGCCGUCCGACAUCGGCGCGUACAGCUACAAGAAGGUCGCGUACGACAUGAACGGCAUCCUCGACGCCGUCGGCGCAGGAAAGGUCAUCGUCUUUGGGCACGACUGGGGCGGCGUCGUCGCGUGGCGGUUCGCCGACUUCUUCCCGCACCGGGUCAUCUGCCUCGCGAGCGUGUGUACGCCUUACCAGGCGCCGUCCAAGCCUGGCCAGAAGAUCUUCUCGGACGAGGAGCUCGUGCACAACGUGCUGCCCAACUUCGGGUAUCAGCUAUUCUUCAAGGAGGAGCGCGCCGGCCCCAAGAUUGACGAGGUCGUCGAGCAGUUCCUCACCGUGUCGUUCUCGCCGACGCUGCGCGCCAAGCUCCGGGCCCAGGGCAAGCCGAUGCCGCAGAUGGCCGUCAAGGAGGGCCAGCUCGAGAAGCGCACCGACGAGAUGAUUGCGACCAAGCGCGCCGGCAAGGCCCUCCCCGUCCCGCAAGACCCUGAGCUCCUGUACUACAUCUACGCGUUCAAGAAGUACGGCAUGCACGCGCCGCUCAACUGGUACCGCAACCGCCGCGUGUCGGCCCUCGACGAGCAGGCGUCCGAGCUCCCCGGCACGUUCCCGCCGCACAUCCCGGCGCUCCUCCUCCCUGCCGAGAACGACCCGGCGCUCCCUCCCGCCAUGGCCGACCCGAAGAAGAUGCAGAAGCACUUCCCGGGCGGCAACUUGCGCGUCGAGCUCAUCAAGGGCGCCGACCACUGGGUCCUGCAGGACGCUCCUUACCGCGACGACGUCACGGCCAAGCUCGUCGCCUUCGUCGACGAGGUCCUGGCGGGCAAGUGGCAGCCCGAGGCGCCGGCGACCAAGCUUUGA